GCGCCGGCGGAAACGGCACUGGGGACUCAUGGCGGCGCUGGCGCGGGCCCUGAGCUGCCAGGCUGGAGUGACCCAGUGGACAGCAGGGUGCUGUGGGUUGCUGCAGAGCCCUGCAGUCCCAGGCCCCUGGAGGUGGAUGCUCUGCAGUGCUUUCCAGAGACACAAGGCUGGCACCUUCCAACUCUCCAAAUUCUGUGGUGGAUUGAUUCAAGCCAAUGGAGCCAUCAGACAGCAAAGCAGAUCCUUUUACAAUACGAGUAAGCAUCUUUCUGCAAAAGAUUCCUUGCUGUCAUCUGAAGAAAAAGUGGGUGCUUUUACAAGGAUAAUGGAAGCCUUUGGGUUCACAGGACCACUCAAGUACAGCAGAUGGAAGCUGAAGGUGGCGGCGCUGCGCAUGUACGCGUGCUGCGUGGAGAAAACCGACUUCGAGGAGUUCUUCAACAGAUGCCAAAUGCCUGAUACUUUGAAUUCAUGGUUUCUAGUAGCCCAGCUUCAUGUCUGGAUGUGCCUGGUGCGGCUGAAGCAGGAGGGCCGCACGGGGAAGUACAUGUGCCGCUACAUCGUGCACUGCAUGUGGGAGGACGUGGAGCAGCGUGGGAAGGUGAUGGGGAUUAAUUCUACUGUUCUAAAAGAAGACUUGAAAAGGAUGGCAGAAAAUUUCUAUGCAGCUCUGUUUGGAUACGAUGAGGGAAUCCUGUGUGAUGAUCGUGUUCUGGCAUCAGCUCUGUGGAGAAACCUUUUUAACAGGAACUGUGAGGACCCUCGGCACCUGGAGCUGCUCGUGGAGUACGUGCGCAAACAGGUGCAGCACCUGGACGCGCUGAGCGGGGAGGAUCUGCUGCUCACGGGCGAGGUGAGCUGGCGGCCGCUGGUGGAGAGCAACGCCCGCAGCAUCCUCAAGCCCCUGUCCCCCGUGUACAACGAUGAAGGACUCUGAGAUCCACGUGCCAGGACAGCUUGGGAAGCGUGGCUGCAAUGGGACUGGGCUGAGGCUGCGUGGUUGGGAAGAACAGUUUGCUGUUGGAAGGAAGAUAUUUCAUUAGCUCUCCCAGCCGUGGUGCCUCGGUAGCCUCCCGAGCAGCCGUACUCCUGAAUCUUCACCUGCAAAUAAAUGCUCAUUGUUUUAAGAACCUCUGUCCUUUUUAUGGACCCGAGUGGCCCUUGCUGACAUGGACAGAGCUGCCUUCUGCCUUUAGGAAACCAGGUAUUCACCAUGAUGUAGAGUUCUCUCAAAAAGACAUUUCUGUCCCUUGCCUUGUUUAAAGAGCUGCUACUCAGAGACACAGUGGUGUCCUCUGCUCCCUGAAUGGUUGUAAUUGUAAAUGUGAGCUUUGCAUACCUAGAUAUUAAGUAUAUAUUUUAAAUGUCUGAUGCCAAGAUGGAAUGGUCCAUCUUUGCAUUAGUGGAGUUAAGAAUCGCUUUAACAUUCUGAAGGGUUUUCUGUGAAAAUCCCUUUUAGGAACUCACCGCUUUGUUGCACAAGGGUGAGAGAAUGCAAAGAAUAAUGCACAGUCCCCAGCAAUCCUCUGUGACUUUGGCUGUCUGAGGGAGAUUAAAGCCCCAGUUCUGACUGGGCUGGCGCUAAAAGCUGCCCCAGAACCUGAUGUUCAGUCUGCCUUGCUGAAACUUCCACAUUCUUCGUAGAAUUGUCUUCUAGGAACUCCUUUAUGAAAAGAACAUCCCUGUUGUGUCCCUGGGACAGGACCUCCAUCCCCUGCAGCAGCAGUCCAGGGGUUUUAGCAAGAUCCUUCAACACCAGUGAAAACUUUCUAUGGCUGUGCAGGCAAAUGGUGCCAACACAGCAAUUAGGGGAGCAGGAGCUGCACUGAUGAGAUCAGCAGAGGCUGAGGUGCUCUGUGUGGGUGGAUGGUUCACCAGGCUGUUUCCAGGUCAGUGGCAAAAAGAGUUUUUAUUUCUCUCCUGUCCAAAAUCUGAGUCAAUAAUAAAUGUCAGUCUGGGUUAAAUUGCUGUGUGUUUGUUUUCUGUGCCAUGUGUGCUUUUGAUAAGAAUAAACCCAAUAAAAUCAGGACUUAUUCCUAAUAAAAGUAUUAAGCAAAAGUAGAAGGUGAUAAUCCUUAAUUUAUGAAUUUAAUCCUUAAUUUGUGACUCCUUAGUCUGGUGAAAGUGAAACUGUGCCUGGUUGUGACUAUUCUUCCUUCCCAAGUUGCUUUCUUUGUGUGUGCGUGUUGGGGAAUAUUUGCCAUCCCUUCCCUGUUUUAAAGGCAGUGGGAUGCAGCACAGAGGCUCCCAAACACUGACUUGUGGGGUUGUUUUAAAAUCUUCUGUUAGGGAGCCUUCUGUGUAUAAAAAAGGUGUUUUUUUUUUUUCCAGAACGAGCUUCCUCAGUUUAACUUGUUAUAAAAUGAGGCAUGUAAAGAGCCCCUCUCUCUGUGUGAGGUGUAUCCCUUCUCUGUGAAAACAUUACAGCCCAAACAACUUGCUUGCAGUUUAUUUAAGAUGCUUUUGUUGAAAGCUGAGCUAAGCAGAGAAACCUCUUAUGUGUGAAGUAUUAUACAGUGUGUGUGAGAUAAUAACACCUUGUAAUUCAUUACAGCUGGCUUGUAUUUACAUAAAAGAAGGCUGAGCUGUGUAGGAAUUUGCUGAUUAAUUUAUUUUUAAUGAGAGUGAAGUAUACCAAGUACCAAAAUAAACUUUACUUUGUGUAUCUUA